CGACUGUCAGCUGUUGAGUGCGUGCACGUGACCUGACAUAGAGCAGUUCGGAGGAAACAGCUGAUUGGUUACAAGAAAACCUCAAGGAAACUUUCUCCGCUGGACUGAAAACAUCCGACACCCAACAAGCUGCUAUGAACUUCGGCACAAACGCCCAUUGCAGCAGUCACGCUAGCAAGGAAAACAUUCCACUUUCAAGCAAAAUAGACUCACUGCAGGUCCAGCGAGCCAGGCAGCGGACGGCCUUCGGUGUGUUGUCAGAAAAUGAGCUGUGUGGUCGAUCCCUCGGCCAGGGAAGCCAAUUGUCCAAACACAGUUCCAUCUCCGACAGCUCCCAGCUUGCGUUCCAUGGCCAACCCUCCAGUUCCAGCUAUGAAGUGUAUGUUGAGGAGGCUUGUGAAGUCGUUCUUGCUGCUUCUGGCCAAGAAGUGGUCUCAGACAGCUAUUACCUAGAUGCCAAAGCUGCUGCCCUGCAAAAUGAAGACUUGAGAGUAUUACUGGAGCUGAGUUCAAGUUCAUCCCUGGAUGCUUCUAUGCAGUCUGAACCAAAUGAAUCCCUGAUGUCAGAGGAGGUGCUGUGUGUUUCCAAGUAUGCAGAGGACAUUCACCUGCACUUGAGGGAGAGUGAAAUGAAGUCCAGGCCAAGGCUAGGCUACUUAGAGAAACAUCCAGAGAUCACCAACGGCAUGCGAGUCAUCCUGGUGGACUGGCUUGUAGAAGUCGUCCAGGAAUACAGGCUUCGUUCUGAAACUCUGCACCUUGCUGUCAACUAUUUGGAUCGUUUUCUAUCGUACACAGCAUACGUGAAACGGGGCAAGCUGCAGCUGGUCGGCACAGCUGCAUUAAUGAUUGCUGCAAAAUUCGAAGAGAUCUUCCCCCCUGAGCUGAACGAGUUUGUGUAUACCACAGACAGCACCUACACUAAGAAGCAGCUGGUACGGAUGGAGCAUUUUUUCCUAAAAGUGCUAUCUUUCAAGAUGGCAGCGCCCACCACAAACCAGUUCCUUCGCCUUUUCAUGUCCAUCCACUCAGUCUGUGCCAACACAGAGAACCUUGCCUUGUAUGUAGCAGAGUUAAGCCUGCUGGAAAUUGAUCCAUUCCUACAGUACACCCCUUCUAUAGUGGCAGCUGGAGCCUACAGCCUAGCUGCUUACACUGUAAACAAAUCUCUCUGGCCCGAUUCCUUACAUGCCUUUACCGGUUACACCACUGCUGAAAUUGUGCCUUGCAUGACUGAUCUCCAUCAUCUAUACAUCAGUGCAGAGAGCCGCCCACAACAAGCCAUCAGGGAAAAGUACAAGAGUUCAAAGUAUUCUCGUGUUUCAUUGAUCGCUGCACCUGCUGCUCUGCCUUUCGUAUAAAUAACUGCCCCACCCUUAUUUGACGCUUCUGCCAGAACAUAAUAGACUGAGAAAUAAUCAAACAGAUGAAUCUACUGCCCAUUCCAUAUAUGCAAAACUCCUCUGAACACUUUUUUUUUUCAUAUAGUUUAUUCAACUACAAUAAAUGAAUUUCAAUAAAACCUAACAAAGAAAUUGUAAUACUUGCAGGUGCUCAUGCAAAAUGUUUUACAAACUGGUAAGUAUUAUUAUAUU